UGGAUGGCCAGUGAAGCCUGGACAUCAGCAAAUGUGCUUCAAACACCUCGAUUCAUGCCAUACCUAAGAGGUACGUUGGGUAUCGCCAUCCGUCGAGGAGAAAUUCCUGGACUCAGAGACUUUCUCCUACAAAUACGUCCACAUGGCACAAUUGACAGUGAAAACAGCAUGGUUAAGCAGUUCUGGGAGCAUACAUUUCAGUGUCGAUUUGCACCACCUCCAGUAGAAUGGAUGGAAGCUGGUGGGGCCCUGUGCACUGGAGAAGAAGAUCUACAGACUGUAGAGACAGCGUUUCUGGAUGUCUCAAAUCUUAGACCUGAGUAUAAUAUUUACAAAGCUGUGUAUGCACUGGUGUAUGCUCUUGAUGAGAUGCUGCAGUGUGAGCCAGGAAGAGGACCUUUCAGUGAACACGGCUGUGCUUCUUUACAACAAUUGGAGCCUUGGCAGGUUUGAUCUCAAAUUACGCCCCCACACACUCUGAA